UUUAUACCUUAAUUGUGUAUACCUGUGUGCGUGUGAUGCACGUAUGCACGCCUGUGCGCGCGUGUGCGGCUAUUCCAAAAGUUGAAAAGACAGGGUGUAUACGUGUGACGUCAUGACGCAGCGUUCAUCGCGGAUGUAAACACUGCUGGUUUCACGUGGAGGGAAAACCGACUAUGGCACCGGUGCUGGAGCGUUUUAUCAGUCCCGGGAAAGGUAACGGUGCUCGGGCGAAAGCCAGGAUCAGGAGAGGAGAGCUGGUGACCUCAGCCGAGCCGCUGGCGUGCUGUGUGACCAACAAACUGUCCAGAGAAGUCUGCCACCACUGCUUCACACGAUGCCAGACCCUGUUGAGGUGCUCCCAGUGUAAGACGGCUCGCUACUGCAAUGUCACUUGCCAGAAACAAGCGUGGUCAGGUCAUAAGAGAGAAUGCAAAUGUCUGCGGAGCCUCCUACCCCGACUUCCCACUGACUCAGUCCGUCUGGCUGCGAGGCUUAUCUUUGCCUUGUUGAGUCCAUCGAAGAGCAGCAGUGAGGAGCUCUACACUUUAGAAGAGCAUGAAUCACACCUGGACUCUAUGUCUGAGCAGAAGAAACAAGGUCUGUGCCAACUGGCAUCAAUGUUAGAGCUGUACCUACAACAGGAAAUACCUGACAUGACACAGGAAAUGACGCCAGCGCUGCCGCCUUCCUGCCGAGAAGCCCUCAGCCUCAUCGCAAAGGUGACAUGUAACUGUUUCACCAUCAGUGACGGUGAGCUGCAAGAGAUUGGAGUCGGGCUGUAUCCAAGUUUAUCUCUGUUAAACCAUGACUGUAGGCCAAACUGCGUGAUGGUGUUUGAGGGAACAAAGCUGCAGCUCAGAGCUGUUCAGGAUAUCAGCCCUGAAGAGGAGAUAACUAUAAGUUACAUCGAGACGUUGUCACUGACUGAAGAUCGACGCAGACAGCUGGAGGACCAGUACCAUUUCACCUGCCACUGCCAGCGAUGUGACUCUCUAGACAAGGAGGCACUGAUGCUGUCAGGCGAAGAAUCAACAUGGCGCCAGCUGAAGGAGGCUCUACCGAGACUGGAAAAACUGAAGACUGAGUCCAAUUGGCAAGCGCUCUCAGAGAGCUGCCGUCAUCUGUUACUGACUGCUGGUGGCGAGGUUCCCGACGAAAACCUCUACAAGCUCAGAGUCACAGACAUGGCUUUAGACGCUUCUGUUCACCUGGAGCACUGGGAGGAAGCUCUGAGAUACGGGUUAAAGACACUCCCAGCAUACAGAAACUACUACCCUGAUCCUCAUCCAGUUCACAGUGUCCAGCUGAUGAGAGUUGGAAAGCUGCAGCAUUUCCUGGAACACAUCGAGGAGGCUUUGGACACAUUCAAACAGGCCUAUAAAAUCCUAAAGGUCACCCAUGGUGAUGGUCACCCCUUGACGACCGACCUUAUGAUGAAGAUGGAGGAAUGUCGUAGUGAGAUGGACCACCAGGCAUUCAACAGACACUAAAACACGGAUUACAGUACACACUCUCACAUUCACAUCUCAAACUAUUGACAUUUGUAAUACGAUGAAAAAGUGGGAAAAGAAGAAAUCGUGUCCGUCAGUUUACCUUUUAAUUUAUUUGAUAAGAUUUUUAGACUGCUCAGAUUUGGUCAACCUUGUUUGAACAGACUGGAAAAUGACUAAAACGCAACAACUGCCCUCUUCAUGGAGUUUGCCUUUGUACCAACAAUAGGAAUGAACAUAAUAGGCAUGUUGCAGCUGGAACAGCAAGGUCACUCUGUAACAUGCAACAACGUGCACCAGUGUUGCAUAAAGGCUCGAUAAAGCUUGGAUGUCAUUGUUGGUUACAUUAAGAGCAGUAUACACUUUUUUUUUUACUUUUUUAUAAGGACAUUUUCUUGUGCUCCAUUCUUCUGUUCGACCGAUCCAUGUAGAAAACCUGCGGCUCCUCUUGUGCUGGCAGCGUAGCUUCCCCGAUGUCGGAGCUAGAAAUUACCCUAAGAAUUGUAAUCUUCCUUCAACUCUUAAAAAAAAAUCUUUGAAAGCAUUUCUGCUGCACCGAAUCACAAAUAAAACCUGUUUUGAGAAUAUCCCAGGCGCUGCUUUCCACCGCAUUCUCCCAAACAUACAAAGAAAACACACAAUGUCUAAGAGCAGAAGUAACCGUUGUUGACAGCUUGUUUUGAACACAUUGUCGUUCAGGCUGUGAUUUUUCUGCAGUUGUGUUUUGCCGUUACCCAGUAGCUCAUUUCAGUGAAGUUUGUGGACAUAAAACGAACCCUACAAA